UGCAGACGUCAUGAGCAUAACCUACGAAUACUUUGUGGGUAGGAAGGAAUAUAGUUGCAUUUGGGAGCACACAUUAGUAGUAUAUUUAUAAAGCCAAGUUACUUCAAGAUGAAUGUAUCAUUGCUUUCGAGUGCUUUCAACAUAUUGCGAACCAGAAGUUCAAGCAUGCCUAGCAUUUUUCUUAGGCAAUAUGCGAAACCAGCCGCAGCUCCAGGUGGCAAGAAAUUGAAAAAACUCGGAAAGCUUGGACCUAUCAUUGAAAAAAAGGAAAUACCAGUUGAAACGGAUGUCAAUAAACUAGUCAAUUAUGUGUGUGGAUCCAACAUCUAUAAAACUGGGGAGGACGUUAAGCUGAAGCCAGAUUCUGAAUAUCCCGAUUGGUUGUGGAAAAUGAACGUUGAGCGUAUCAUCCCUCUUGAAGAACUUGAUCCAAACAGUAAACAAUAUUGGCGGCGGCUGAGGAAAGUAGCACUGAGGCGAAACAAUCAAUUAUCGAAACUGAAAAAAUUCUAAUUGAAUCAUAAUAUGUUUAUUUACAUGUAAAUAUUAGUAAGAAUAAUUUUUCCAGAAGUUACAA